CUUUUCCUCUCCCCUCUCUCGUUCCUUCGAGCCCUCCGCUGGCUACAGAACCACACGCAGGCACGCACUCAAUCUCCCUCAAGAUUGCGACUCCUUUUCUGCAGAAACUCACGGGCUUCUCUCCUUCGUCAACCUCUCGACCUCAUUCGGCAUUUGCGAUUUCAUUGACCUCCCCUGGAGACCCUAGCUCGGCGCCUCCUCCUCCUCCCACUCCUCUUCUCUGCUUCAAUCUGCUGCUGCCGUGCUGCGUGAGUGUGAUCGAGGACCUUCCCUUUCUCCGGCGACCAGCGUUUCUUUUCUUGCUAACUGAGCAGAGCACGGAGCUUCCCUUCUCUUUUUGCUGAUGCUUUCUAAGGACUUUUUAUGUUGUCUCCACGUCUUUGGAAAGGGCUGCUCUAAUUUGAUUGACAGAGAAGAAAGAGAAGAUUUCAAACUUUUCACUAGAUAAAGCAGAGAUAAAAGCGUACAGGCUUCCACGAACUCAAUAUAUAUUAGUUGGACAAAAUAGUUUACUUUCUUGUUGGGUGUUCAAUAAUGGAAGUUUUGGUUCCAAAGCUUCCAUCCUUCAAAAUUUCAAGCCCCAUUUGCCGCUGCUCUAUCAAUACUCAUAGAUCAUCAUUUAAUGGACUUAGAUUCCGUCGCUUGUCUUCUGUUUGUGCAUCCAUAGUCAAUGAAGAAGUAGCCAAACCUUCUAGUGGUACUUCUCUGGGUCACUCAACCAGACCUGACUUCCCCAUUCUCCACCAGGAAGUGAAUGGCUCAAAACUUGUUUACUUGGAUAAUGCGGCAACUUCUCAGAAGCCAAUCAAUGUCUUGAAGACCUUGCAACAUUAUUACGAAGCUUAUAAUUCAAAUGUUCACCGUGGCAUUCAUUUCUUAAGUGCAAAGGCCACAGAUGAGUAUGAAUUGGCUAGAAAGAAGGUUGCAGCAUUUGUCAAUGCUUCAGAUUCAAGGGAGAUUAUUUUUACUAGAAAUGCUACUGAAGCUAUCAAUCUAGUGUCAUAUUCUUGGGGCUUGUCAAAUUUAAAACCAGAAGAUGAGAUCAUACUGACGGUUGCUGAACAUCAUAGUGCCAUUGUGCCUUGGCAACUUGUAGCACAAAGUGUUGGGGCUGUUUUGAAAUUUGUUGAUCUAAGCCAAGAUGAAACUCCUGAUAUUGACAAGUUAAAAGAAAUGAUCUCGAGGAAGACAAAGCUAAUAGUUGUCCAUCACGUUUCAAAUGUGCUUGCUUCUGUCCUUCCAAUUGAAGAAAUUGCACAUUGGGCACAUGAUGUUGGAGCCAAAGUGCUCGUAGAUGCCUGUCAAAGUGUUCCACACAUGGUGGUUGAUGUUCAGAGCCUUAAUGUUGAUUUUCUUGUUGCCUCUUCACACAAGAUGUGUGGGCCUACAGGCAUUGGAUUCUUGUAUGGUAAAAGUGAUAUCUUGUCUACCAUGCCACCGUUUUUGGGUGGUGGAGAAAUGAUUUCUGAUGUAUAUCUUGAUCAUUCAACUUAUGCUGAUCCUCCGUCCCGGUUUGUGAACUCUUUCUUUCAUUGAUACAGUUUAUCUUAUGUUUAUGCAUAAAGCAUAGAUGGGAAGAGAACUGGCAGCUAUGGUUUUUUGCUCGGCCCUAUUGCAUGCUUAGGAAAUCAGUUGCUUUGCUUCUGGCAAAAAUGCUCUGAAACCCGUAACAUGUAAUUUGAAAAGUGAUUAAUUCAAACAUUUAGUUAUUGUCAGUGAAUACAUUUCAGUCAACCGAAGGCCCUUUAUUAAUAUCCUAGCACCAUUCCUUUUUGUUGAGCAUUUUCUGCAAAGUCAAUUAUUCUUUCACUAGAUAGGGCCGGCCAGUUCAACAACCAUUGAAACUGGAACUGAUUGAAGUUCCUCGUUUUUUUUAGUGAAAAGCGGUCGGCAGAUUUUUUAAUGAAUUAAUCACCAGAUAAUUAGUCAAUGAUUUGGCUGAUGGUAAAGUUGCCACUUCACCCCAUUUUUUUUUUCAUAAACCUGUAUAUCUUAACUUCUAAAGGGUGAGGAUUCAGUUAUGAAAUCUUAAACUGUGAGAGAUCAUUUCACUUUUUGUUACAAAAGAAUCAUAUCAGUUUCAGUUGCAGUAGAUGACCAUAAUAAGAAUUUGUACUUUUAGAAUGCAACACUAAGUACAUUUUAAACUUUCAUAUGGAAAAAUUAUUGCACACAAUUAAGAAUAAAGUUUUGAGAAAAUGCCUUUCGUGCCUCACCUAAUCUUGUAACAGUACCUUAUAGUGCCAACAGAAGGGAAUACGGUGCCUCAUGAGGCACUGUUUAGAAUACUGUGCCUAAUAGAGCUGGUUAGAUGCACCAAAACAGUACAAGGCUAGAAACUUUGGCAGUCCGCGCUUAUUCCAGCCACAGCACUCUUGGCCAAAUUAACUUUUAUACUUCUUUUUGGAAUUAUUGAUUCUUAAAAGGUUUUUAUGUUUUAAUCUGGUUCAACAGUCAAACCAAAACAGUGGACUUUGAACUGCAUUAUUUUUUGGUUUAUUGACUGUUCUGAUUUGUAGGAUAUUGCUCAUGCCUAAUGGUUUUUCCCCUACUCUGUUUUGAUGAUUCUUCUUUGUAAUGG